AUGACUCCCAAGAGCCUGGACAAAGUGGAACUUCCAGACCAAGAACAAGAGCCCAAGCCCACUGAGACACCACUGGCACCAUCGGACGCUCCUCCUUCUCCAGCUUUCGCCGAACUGCAGACGGACAUCCAGGAGCUGACCAACGACAUGGACGGCGUGAAGAUCCCCUUCCUGGAGUACCGAACCUACACCAUGAGAGUGAUGUUCCCAGGCAUUGAGGAGCACCCGGUUCUGAAGGAGCUCGAUUCUCCAGCAAACGUGGAGAAGGCCUUGCGUCUCUUCAGCCAGCUGCUGCACAAUAAGAUGUUCCUGCUGACGUUUAUCCACACUCUUGAGGCCCAGAGGUCUUUCUCCAUGCGUGACCGCGGCAACGUGGCCUCCCUCCUCAUGGCGGCAUUGCAGGGCAGAAUGGAGUACGCCACCGUUGUGCUCAAGCAGCUCCUGGCCGACCUCAUCGAGAAGAACCUGGAGAACCGCAACCAUCCCAAGCUGCUGCUCCGACGAACUGAAUCUGUGGCAGAGAAGAUGCUCACCAACUGGUUCACAUUCCUCCUGCAUCGCUUUCUCAAGGAAUGUGCUGGAGAGCCUCUCUUCAUGUUGUACUGUGCUAUAAAGCAACAGAUGGAGAAGGGGCCUAUCGAUGCGAUCACCGGAGAGGCACGCUACUCCCUCAGCGAGGACAAGCUCAUUCGACAGCAGAUCGACUAUAAGCAGCUGACUCUGAUGUGUAUUCCUCCAGAGGGUGAGGCAGGUACUGAGGUUCCAGUGAAGGUGCUGAACUGUGACACAGUGACCCAGGUGAAGGAUAAGCUCCUGGACGCUGUUUAUAAAGGCAUCCCCUACUCACAGAGACCACAGGCUGAUGACAUGGACCUGGAAUGGAGACAGGGCCGGCUGACCAGAAUCAUCCUUCAAGACGAAGAUGUCACCACGAAGAUCGAGAGCGACUGGAAGAGACUGAACACACUAGCGCACUACCAGGUGGCAGAUGGCUCUGUGGUGGCUCUGGUUCAGAAGCAAGUGUCUGCAUACAACAUCGCCAACUCCUUCACGUUCACGCGUUCUCUCAGCCGAUACGAGAGUUUGCUGAGGACCUCCAGCAGUCCGGACAGCCUGCGGUCUCGAGCGCCCAUGAUUACUCCAGAUCAGGAGACGGGCACCAAGCUGUGGCACCUGGUGAAAAACCACGAGCAUGCAGACCAGCGCGAGGGCGAUCGCGGCAGCAAGAUGGUGUCCGAGAUUUACCUCACACGUCUCCUGGCAACAAAGGGUACUCUACAGAAGUUUGUGGAUGACCUGUUUGAGACGGUGUUCAGUACGGCUCACCGUGGCAGUGCCCUCCCCCUGGCCAUCAAGUACAUGUUUGACUUUCUAGAUGAGCAGGCAGACAAGAGACAGAUCAGUGACCCAGAUGUGCGCCACACCUGGAAGAGCAACUGCCUGCCCUUGCGAUUCUGGGUAAACGUCAUAAAGAACCCCCAGUUUGUGUUUGACAUCCAUAAGAGCAGCAUCACAGACGCCUGUCUGUCUGUGGUGGCUCAGACCUUCAUGGACUCGUGCUCGACGUCAGAGCAUCGCCUGGGCAAAGACUCGCCCUCAAACAAACUACUCUAUGCUAAAGACAUCCCCAACUACAAAAGCUGGGUGGAAAGGUACUACAGAGACAUCAGUAAGAUGCCCAGUAUCAGUGAUCAAGACAUGGACGCCUAUCUGGUGGAGCAGUCUCGUCUCCAUGGCAGCGAGUUCAAUACACUGAGCGCACUCAAUGAGCUCUAUUUUUACAUCAACAAGUACAAAGAGGAGAUCUUGACGGCUCUGGACAGAGACGGUUACUGCCGCAAACACAAACUGAGACACAAACUGGAACAAGCCAUCAACCUGAUGUCUGGCAGCAGCUGAGAGUGGUGGAGUGAUGGACCAGGAGGGGAAAGGAGAGGAAAAGAGGGGAGGAGAGAAGAAAAGAUUGGCUGGAAGGCUCUGAGGAACUUACUGGCGUUAGAAUGUCCACAUCUUUUGAGCAGAAGUGGAGCGGCUAAGACACUGGACAAUCAAACACUACAGGAACCACAGCACAGCACACCAAGCCCAAUAUUUCUCUGGACCAGAACCUGUGCAGCCAAGAUCCCUCACUCGCCUUCAUCCGGAUCUGCCCUGAGACCUCUUACCCAUCUUUCUUUCUUUAUUUGCCUCCUCCUCUCUGUCCUUUUCUCUCCCAAUCUUUCUUUCUCUCUUUGUGUAACACUUGUUUACACUUUGUCUCUCUCUCUCUUCUCAUUCUCGGUCC